AACACGUCAUAGAACACACCUCCACAUCAGCUUACGGCUAAAAUUAUUGACUGAAAGUCUUGCCAUACUAAUGCGUCGCCCCUAGCUGGUUAGGCCACACUCUUGUACACGAGGCCGGCAGACGGCUGGCUGGUUGACCCACUCGCCACUGCCCGGACUGACACAACAAUGGAGAACAACAAUGACGACGUGCGGAGCAGGGCAUUUUCACUCUGCAAGGAGUACUUGCAUGGUUCCUGGAACACCAUCAAACAGGCCGACCUGCAAAUCCAGCAGAUCAGUGGCGGCCUUUCGAAUUUGCUGUAUCUGUGUUCGCUUCCGGCCGGGGUGAGCCCCCACGGCAACGAACCCCCAUGCGUGCUGCUCCGGCUUUAUGGGCAAGUACGCGGUGAGACCGAAGAGGCCCUCGAUGGACUGCUCACAGAGGCCGUCAUCUUCACCCUGCUCUCCGAAAGCCAAAAAGGACCUAAAUUGCUUGGCGUGUUCCCCGGAGGCAGGCUUGAAGAGUACAUUCCGGCGAGGCCCCUGUUGACCAAGGAGCUGCAUGAGACAAGACUGAGCGCGAUGAUCGCUUCGAAACUAGCGCAGAUCCACGCAAUGAACGUGCCCAUCAACAAGCACCCGCGGUGGCUGUGGGACACGAUGAACAGAUGGUUGGUCAACAUCCUUGAAAUGAAGCCUGGCGUCGGCAACCUGGCCAAGCCAGCAGUGGCAGCCAUGCUCUCUAAGUUCCUCAAUUACGACCUUGAAAAGGAAAUGCACUGGCUAAAACGUGAGCUUCAAAAAAUUGACUCCCCGGUGGUGUUUUGUCAUAACGAUCUGCAAGAGGGCAACAUUCUGCUGCGUGAGAAGGACCAGGACGUAGUGGUGAUAGACUUUGAGUACAGUGCCUACAACUACCGCGGCUUUGACCUGGCCAACCAUAUGUGUGAGUGGGUCUUUGACUACACCUACCCCACGCCGCCCUACUUUACGGCUCACGAGAAAAACUAUCCCUCGCAGGAACAACAGGAGUUCUUUGUGCGGGAAUAUCUGCGAUCUCUGCCAAACUCAAACGGCUGCUACAGCAAUGAGGAGGUGCAUCGGUUGCUCAGGGAAGCCAGAAUAUUCACUCUGGCAUCUCACUUUUUCUGGGCACUCUGGAGUGUCGUCAACGGCGCCGUCUCGACCAUUCCCUUUGAUUACUGGGUGUACGGGCAGGCGAGGUUCGAAUCAUAUUUCAAACAUAAAAACCGCCUAAUUGACAGCAAGGAGCUGAACCCUUGAAAGAAGAAAUGCAUCUGCACAAACGAAGUAUUAAGGCAAGCAGGCAGGCCAAUGAGUCUAUAGAACAAGCAAAGACUGAGUGAUUUGAUGAGUCUUUCUUGAGUAUUGUAUGUUAGACCCCUUUCAUUGUAAUGAACUAUUUAAUUUAUGUAGCGGCUGUUUUUAACUUAAAAAUUUUGUCUGUAUUUUAUUAUUGAGAUGAACUUUGUUUGUAUUUUCUUCCACGCAAUGAGGCUGAUUACUAGUUAGCCAAAGUUUACUUUGUGUUAUGAGCUUAUGUACUUACUGGUUGGUUCAAGAAAGCAAUAAAAAUGUUUCGCCGGUUAA